UCCAUUACCAUAUCUCACCCCCAUCAGCCUAAGAACGAUAUAGACUCAGAAGCUAGCUCGAGAAGUAGUAGUAAAAGGAAUAGGAGGAGGGAGAUGGAGGGUCGAUACUCCGGCCGGCCGAUAACCGGCUCCAUCGUGUCGGAGCUUGAAGGCGGGCUGCUCAAGGACACCGACCCCUUCCCCUACUUCAUGCUCAUCGCCUUCGAGGCAUCCGGGCUGGUCCGCUUCACCAUUCUGCUUCUCCUAUGGCCGGCCAUUCGCUUGCUCGGGUUGCUCGGCAUGGGCGAGCUGGGGUUGAAGCUCAUGACGUUCGUGGCGGUCGCAGGGGUCCGGAUGUCGGAGAUAGAGGCCGUGUCGCGUGCGGUGCUGCCCAAGUUUUACAUGGAGGACGUCGAUAUGGCGGCGUGGGGCAUGUUUAGCUCGUACGAGCGGCGGGUGGUGGUGACGAGGUGCCCGAGGAUUAUGGUCGAGAGGUUCGCGAAGGAGCACCUGCGUGCGGACGAGGUGGUCGGGGGUGAGCUCGAGGUUAAUCGGUUUGGGUAUGCCACUGGUGUUCUGAAGAGAGUGAAGUACGAGUCGGUCGCGCGAGAGUUGUUUAAUGGCAAUAUGCCGGAUGUCGGUUUGGGUAGGUCGACAUCGGCUCAGUCCUUCUUAUCUUUCUGCAAGGAACAGCACCAUCCACCAUUUGCCGCCGAUCUCAAGCACAACAACCUGUUAGUCCGCCCGCUGCCGGUCAUAUUCCAUGAUGGCAGGCUCGUUCGCCGCCCGACGCCGUUUAUGGCGCUGCUCAUCAUCCUAUGGAUACCAUUUGGCAUCAUAGUCGCCUUUGUACGCAUCGCGGUCGGUCUAGUCCUCCCAAUGCAAUUCAUCCCUUACAUCGUCGGCAUCUUCGGCGGCGAAGUCAUCGUGCGAGGUCGCCCUCCGCCGCCAGCAUGCAGCUCGACGAGUGGCAUCCUUUUCGUGUGCACCCACCGUACUCUGAUGGACCCGGUGGUCCUCUCCAUUGUCCUCGGUCGCAAGGUCCCGGUCGUCACCUACUCCAUCUCCCGGCUAUCGGAGAUCCUGUCUCCAAUCCCCACCGUCCGGCUCAGUCGAGACCGUCAAGUGGAUGCCCAGCGCAUAAAGACCGAGCUAGCGAAAGGCGACCUUGUGGUGUGCCCGGAGGGCACGACAUGCCGAGAGCCCUUCUUGCUAAGAUUCAGCGCCCUAUUCGCGGAGCUGACCGACCGGAUCGUGCCGGUGGCCAUGAACUACCGUGUUGGAUUCUUCCAUGCAACCACUGCUAGGGGCUGCAAGGCCAUGGACCCGAUAUUCUUCUUCAUGAACCCCAGGCCGGUGUAUGAGGUGACGUUUCUGAACCAGUUGCCGGUGGAGGCAACAUGCUCGGCCGGGAAGAGCCCGCAUGACGUCGCCAACUAUGUGCAGAGAAUCUUGGCGGCCGCGCUCGGGUUCGAGUGCACCAACUUUACAAGGAAGGACAAAUACCGAGUGCUCGCCGGCAACGAUGGGACCGUGAUCAGUUUUAAGUCGACGACGCCGUGGAUGGGGAGGGUAAGGGAGGUGCUGAGGUUUCUGCUGCACUAGUGUUGAUGAUGGGGGGGUUUGGGCAAGGCUCCAUGGCAUGUCGUGUGCUUCAACUUUCAGUAGAUGUAACAGUGGGUUCUUAUUUUUAGGAUUCUUUCAUGUCUUAAUAACUGGGUCCAGGAGCUUUGGGCCAGCUUAUUGCUCUUUUAUUUUUGUGGAGUCGUGCUAAACUUAGGCUGAUGCACCUAAGUGUUUAAAGUGCUGCAGGUGCGAAGGUUUGGCUCUUGGCCAACAUGAAUGCGUAAUGUCUCAAAUUAUUAUGCCGCUUCGGUUUAGGAAGUUAUCAAGUAUGUUGUUCGGCAUUCCGAAUAUUUUUUUUUGGACGUAUGUAUCAGGCAUUCACCCCUCUUUGUA